CCCGUUGACUGUCGCGAUGCUGAGAUUGUCUGGCAAGUGCACUCCAGGUCUUUUGCCUGCUGGUGCAGUGCUGCUGGUAAUGCAGCUUAUCCCAUUGGUGUCAGCCACAACAACAUUAGCACCAUCGACCCCGCAAGCACCAUCACCACCAACAGACUAUUGUGCACCGGCCCUGUGCGAAAUAUUUAAUGGCAGCCAUUUGCUGCAGCUGCCGCACACUGCAUGUGGAAAUAAUGGCAGCUUUGGUGCAAGCUGCGGUCCACAACCGAAACUCCUCUAUAUGAGUGAUCGUCGACGUCAGCUGCUGCUGGACAUGCACAAUUUAGUGCGCAGCAAGAUUGCUGCUGGCGAGGUGCCUGGCUAUGAAGCCGCCUUGCAUAUGCCAUUUUUGAGAUGGGAUGAAGAGCUGGCGCAGAUGGCUGCACUCCAUGCCAAGCGCUGCCAGUUUGCGCAUGACCAGUGUCGGAAUACGCAAAGAUUUCAGAUCAGUGGUCAGAAUAUUGGCUAUUUUUGGAUUGGUCGCGAAUUCAAGUCACAUUCGCGACGCAUGAAGUCCUUUGUGCUCCACUGGUUUCGCGAGUAUAAGGAUGCCAAUCAAAGCUACAUUGAUAGCUUUCAACGGCACCCAGAGGGAAAAAAGAUCGGACAUUUUACUUUGUUAGUUGCGGAUCGAGUGCGUCGGGUUGGCUGCGCUGCUGUAAGAUUUCUUGAGCAAAGCACCAACCGAUUCCAGUUUCUUUUGACUUGCAACUACGACUACAACAAUAUAUUUGGAGAUCCAGUUUAUAAAUCGGGACCAACAGCUUCUAAAUGCGCAUAUCGCAUUAGCAAAAAGUAUCCAGCUUUGUGUGAUUGGAAAUCCGACGCGAGUAACUCCGAUACCGAAGAAAUUUUGGAGGACAACAACACGCUGGAUAACAACAUACCAGUCUGACAAUUGGGCAGGCUAGAAGCCAUAUUUCUAAUUCAAGUACUUUAUAUAUCGAUCACGUAUAUGCAAUUUACAAAUUUACAAUAUGUGCCCUAGUACACAAUAGACAUUUACAAGUAUUUUCACUUUGAUUUAAGUAUGUUCGCCAAUGGUUUCAGAACACUGUGUAUCACAUAACGUUUUUUUUUUAUAAACAUUCUCGACAGCAAAAUAAUUCAUAAGCGAUACAAUUUAAUUGUAAAAUUAAUAUAAUAAAAUUUUAACCAUUAACCGGCUGGUAAGUCGAUAUUUAAUUGGAUUAUUCGCAA